UAAGCGUUUUCCUAGUAAAGCCCUAAACCCCACCCGUCUUGACGCUCUCAUCUCACGACGCUCUCCCUCUCUCAGGCGCCGGUUCGACCCUGACGCCUGACUCUUCCGAGGUCUUCCCAUCAUUAUCAGGUCAGCUAUAAAGCGAGGUGCUCCCCAACCCCAACAAGUGCGAAAUAGAAAAAUGCGGGCUGCUGCUUAUCCCCACCCUAUCACCAGCAGCACUUUUUCUUGGGGAAGAAGAAGCAGCAGCAAUGGCCGCAACCGGAGUUUUGUUGUAUGGAUGGGUCUCAAUGAAGCUGGUCCUUCUCUGGCUGUCGUAGGUGUUACUGGUGCCGUUGGCCAGGAGUUCCUUAGCGUCCUAUCUGAUCGCGAUUUCCCCUAUCGAAGCAUCCGUAUGCUAGCAAGCAAACGAUCUGCCGGCAAACGCCUCUCCUUCGAGGAAAAGGAGUAUGUCAUUGAGGAGCUCAACAAUGACAGCUUUGAUGACAUUGACAUUGCCCUAUUCAGCGCCGGUGGAUCCAUAAGCAAGGAGUUUGGGCCCAUUGCGGUUUCCCGUGGUUGUGUCGUUGUUGAUAACAGCUCAGCCUUCCGGAUGGAACCAGGUGUGCCGCUUGUCAUCCCAGAGGUCAAUCCUCAGGCUAUGGCUGACAUUAGGCUUGGCUCUGGUAAGGGGGCUCUCAUUGCAAAUCCCAAUUGCUCCACUAUUAUAUGCUUGAUGGCUGCCACCCCUCUCCACCGUCAUGCCAAGGUAGUGCGAAUGGUUGUCAGCACAUAUCAGGCAGCUAGUGGUGCUGGUGCUGCAGCAAUGGAAGAGCUUGAACUGCAGACUCGCGAGGUUUUAGAGGGCAAGCAGCCAACAUGUAAAAUAUUCAAGCAACAGUAUGCAUUUAAUCUGUUCUCUCACAAUGCACCAGUCCUCUCAAAUGGCUAUAAUGAGGAGGAGAUGAAAUUAGUGAAAGAGACGCGGAAAAUCUGGAAUGACGAGAAUGUCAAGGUGACUGCCACAUGCAUACGAGUACCUGUGAUGCGUGCACAUGCUGAGUCCGUGAAUCUCCAAUUUGAGAAGCCACUUGAUGAGGAUACUGCGAGACAAAUUCUCAAGAGUUCUGCUGGUGUAGUUGUUAUUGAUGAUCGGGCUUCCAAUCACUUCCCGACUCCUCUGGAGGGGGUUCACAUGGGUAAAAGAAUUCUCUGGCACCCGCUCCUUCUUGCUGUCUGUCCCACGUCCGUCCCUCUGGCCCUUGCUGUCCUUGGCCUCAUCCGUCCCUUCUUGUAUCGAACAAAGAUGAUGUUGCAGUGGGUAGGAUACGUCGUGAUGUGUCCCAAGACGGAAAUCUUGGGUUGGACAUAUUCGUUUGUGGCGAUCAGAUUCGCAAGGGAGCUGCCCUUAAUGCGAUACAGAUUGCAGAGAUGCUGCUCUAGUUUAAAUGGGGUUUCAGAGAUGUCUUUUCCAUUUUUGACUGAAGAGAGCUAGGGAUUCCAGGCAAUUUCAAGUCAUGUAUUAUUUUGUACAACAGAACUUGUGUUUAUUUGCUUUUAAUUAUUUCAUAAAAAUUUUGAUUGAUGAGGAAUCACUGGAUCAUACGACUUCGACGUGCGUCCACUUCCGUAAUGUGGGUCCAUGGUUUGCUCUUCCUGACCAUAGAUUACACAUUGUUGGCUAUGGUUUAUCAUUAUUAUUGUUGCUGUUGUUGUUAUUGUUAUUGCUAUUGUUGUUAUUGUUAUU